AUGAAGCUCAUCGAUUCCUUCAGCCCCACAUCACCUCCCGUAGGCGGCGUCCUGAGAGGGGCGGUCCAUUCGCCGCCGUUGAUGGACUCUUCGGCGUGUGUUUCUUAUCCGCACAAUCACGAGAAGAAACCCAUUAGCGACCACAUGGGAGGCGAGGUCCACUCGCUGCAGUUGACGGACUCCUCGUUGUGCCUUUCUUAUCAGCACGAUCAGGAGAAGAAACCCGACGAAGGGGCCAGAGAUGAUGUUUCAUCUGCAGUAGAGGUGGUGGCUCGCAACUUCUUCCCCCUCACGCCUGAUCCCAAGGGUUUCUCGGACGCGAAGAUCAAGAAAAAGCUUACGAAGAGCGAUCUCGGGCACCUGUCGAGGCUCUUGAUACCGCGGGCGGGCGUUUUGAGCCACGUGCUCCCGUGCAUGAGCAAAGAGAGAGUGGAGCGAGUCGAGAGCAAGGAGGGUGACAAAGUCGUCGUGUGGGACGCGGACACGCGCUUCGAGCAUCGACUGGUGUUUGUUUACUGGAUAUCGUCCAAAUCAUAUGUGCUGAACUGGUGUUGGAACAAGGAGUUUGUUCAGCGGAAGGGGCUGGCGGACGGCGAUGAGAUCGGGAUAUACUGGCAUCCUAUUGCGAGCACGUUCAUUUUCAGUCUUCUCCGCAAGGCGAAUUAG